AUGACAUCUCGAGAGAAAGAAACGAAAACGGAGUCUGUUUUUGGAGAAAAUCUCAGGGUGACUUGUGCAGCAAAUCAAGGUGGUCGUGAUUAUAUGGAAGAUCGGAUUCACAUUGAAUCGGUGAGAUAUCCGAACGGACGACUUGAUUUCGUUUUCUUUGCCAUUUACGAUGGUCACGGUGGACAAGAGGCGAGCACGUUUGCCAAGAAACAUCUGCUAAACAAUCUUCGGGAAGACCCGGACUUUCAAUCAGCCGAUGACGAGACAGUGCUUCGAGCGAUUACGAAUGCUUUCCUAAAAACCCAUAACGCUAUGGAGGACGUUGUUGCACAAUGGAAACGAACAGCUUCUGGUUAUCAAAGCACUGCGGGAACCACUGCCAGUGUUGCGAUUCUACGAGAAGGAAAGAUUUAUAUGGGUCAUGUCGGCGAUUCAGCAAUUAUUCUUGGCAAACGUGUACGAGAAAUUGAUGAAGCUGGUAAAAUGAAUAUUCGAAUGAAAGCAAUUACAAUGACGGUUGAUCAUAAACCUGAAGAUAUAUUGGAGAAAAAUCGGAUCACGGAACAUGGUGGCUCGGUGGCGAUGAAGCAGAAUUGUUUACGUGUCGUUUGGGAAAGGAAACCGCACUCGAAACCGGAAAUGAUUUAUGUGAAUGGGAAAUUGGAGCUUUUCGAUGGAGAGCUCGCAUUGCAACGCGUUCCAUUCUUGGCCGUCACUAGGAGUCUUGGAGAUUUAUGGUCGUGGAAUGAGCGAACAAAGCAGUACGUCGUUUCGCCGAAACCCGAUGUUUCCGUCUACGAAUUGAAUCCCGAAGAGGACGUCUGCUUGGUGAUUGCAUCAGAUGGUCUAACCGGUGCAAUGAAUCCAAUUUUGGCGACAAUUCUUGGUGAUAUGUGUGAGCAAUUUUCGAUGGAAUACACGGAAGAUGAUGUCAAAAAGCGACCGUAUCAAGCCAUUCAAACGAACACAUCUCGAGUGAUUUUGCAACACGCACUUCCGAUGUGGGAAUGGAAGAAUCCGCGUGCCGACAAUGUGUCCGUCAUUACGGUAAUUUUUGAUCACAAGCACUCGUUGAGGCCGCCAAAAGUUCUCGAGCGAAUCAAUCCAUCAGAGACGAGCCUCGAACAAGUCUUCACACAGCAUCGUGAUGAUAUGGUAUUGAUUGGACCUGAAAUGGAGGAACGUCUUCUCACGAUUUACACUCCUGUUCUGUACUCUGGAUAUAAUGAUCUGCCUGGGACUUCGAAUUCCAUGUACUUUGGACCCGGCUUUUAUACGCAUGAUGAAGAAAAUAUGAAAGAGGAAGAAAUUCGCACGACACUCAAUCUACCAACAACCCGUUUACUGUCAAUUGAAGAGAUCAACACUUUAUUGGAAGAGAGAAGAGCUUAUACGAAAAUGGGACCAAUCUUUGCUGGCUAUGUGAGCAUCUACUCAGACGAUGAUAUGGAGAUGAGUGAUUACACUAAUGGAGAUUACGAGAGCUUUGGGCUCAUGAUCGAGGAUACGGAGAACAAGCCAGCGCUUGUCGAAGAGACGCCAAGUCCCGCUCGAGUGACUCGAAGCUCGGCUCGUCGUCUUUCACAGGUGACUAAAACCGAAUCACCGCCGCUAGAGAAGUCUCCAAAAUUAACACAGGAAACAAAAACUCGAACACCUAAACGAUUGCUGCGAAACACUGCAGAUCAACAAAAUAUUCCCAACACAAAGACGCCAACAAAGGAGUCGCCAAGCGCCUCACAAGUUGUCACACGAAGCAAGAGUCGCGAUAGGAAUUAUGAGACGCCUGAGAUGACACCAUUCCCCAGCACGCCAACAAAAUCUGUCAAUCGAAAGCGUCGUGCAUCUGAUUAUGGAAAUGAGUCAACGUCGGUCACCCCUUUAUUCCGUUCUUUUAAUAUGGAAAGAAGGGUUAUUCAACGAGAAGUCGAAUUUCAAGAUGAUGACGAUUUAGAGGAAAUGAAUGGAGAUGAGCCACAAACUUCUCGAAGUCUCCGAUCACAUUUCAACUUGCAUCCAAGCAACAAUCACACAAAUGGGCAAGACCAUGACCGUGACUGGGAUCACAAGGAAAUCGAGCCAGCUCCACCAGCGCCAAAACGAAGCAAGAUUUGGGGUUUCAUCAAAAGAAUCGUUGGCAUG